AAACUUUCAACAUAUUUUGCAAAGCAUCAGCAUGGAUCUCGCUCCACUCUACAAAGUGCAAGACCCAUGGGAAAUUGAUAUCGUCAGUCAUCUUGGACCUCUUCCUACAGUAGAUCCUGUCGAACUUCUCCCCGGGCUGAGUGUCAGUAUCGAACCCCCAGAAGCCGGUGAUUCGGACCUACAAGCGGCGAUCUGCGCAAUAGAGACCGGAGAUUUGAUUACUACGAACCGAGUUACCCUAAAGAUUCUCAUCGAAGAUGGUGCUGAAUCACGCCGCCUUCACUAUUGCCUGCUGCGAGCCGCUUGCAAAGGGAAUGUUCCGCUGGUCCGUGAAGUUCUUGCCCGAGGCGUCUCAGUCAACAAAGAAACAGUUAAGGUCGCGAUAAAAGCAAAGGCACUGCCACUCUUCUCCACUUUUCUGGAUGCUGGCUGGGACAUCAAUGAGCCAUUAGGACCUUGGCAACCACCGUGUCUCUCUCUCUGCAUCCACGACCGAGAUUUGGUAGCGUGGCUACUAGCCAACGGCGCUGAUCCUAACCGGCGGUGUGAAAUCGAUUUGACUCCUUUAUCUACGGCUGUCGAAGCUGCAUCAUUCGAAGUUAUCAAGCUGAUGUUUGAAUAUGGUGGCCAUAUCGGACACGGACAGCUCCUUCAUUAUGCAGUCCGCCGCAAAGGCGGGGAUCAGAUGGAAAUCGUUCGUUUCAUUCUCUUACAAGGAGCUCACGUUGACCACGUCAUGUAUCAGAACGAUCUCAAAUCGUACCAUCUACAGAAGGCUUUCGGACUCGGGACUGCAUUGCACGAGGCAGCGCGACUAGGCAGGGUUGAUGUCAUCGAUCUUUUGGCGGCACAUGGCGCGAACCCGUUGAUCGAAGACUCUUUGGGCAGGUUGCCGCUACAGAUUGCGCAAAGGGAAGCGAAUAAGCGAGCUGAAGAAGCUCUUCGUCAGAUGUCGGCAAGAGCUAGGGUACCGGAGUACCAGUUCACUGCCGCAGCACGACUACAAGAUGCAUGGAGAUAAUAAUGUCAUCACUCUAGGGCCACCUUCAGAGCUUGUGUAAUAACGGCGAUGACGUUCGGUGACCGUGCUGUCGCAGCUGCCUUGCUGAAUUCCAGCAACAGAAUAUUGCUCAAGAGGGUAUAGAUUUGAGUCCUCACGCUCGCUUAGCCUGGUUCCGCAGUGACACGAUCACGAGCAUCGCUUGUGUGCCGCUAUUCUGCGCUAACGUUAGCUCACUGCCCUGCCCUGCUUUUGAAUGUCGAGCAGUUAGAACUCCUUCGCAUCAAAAAUGGUGCGCGAAUCAACGGAGGGACCAUCAAUGUUGUGGACCCUCGGAUUCUCGCUGCAAUCAUCACUGCCUAGAUGUAGCACAGCACAAACCCACCGUGUGCAUGGGCAUAAUGCGUCCGCAUAUCUGUGGCACAUCGGCGAUGUCA